UGUGAGUGAGUGAGUGAGUGUGUGUGUGUUUGCUGACUUUCUGCUGCUUUUUGAUGGGCUUGAAUCAGCCAGGAGAGAGCUGUUCCUGGGAAAUUCCUGGAAUUUAAGUAGGAAACGAAAGCAGUGAAGCUGUCCAGUCUAUUCAUCAUGGAUCUCCUCUGGUUCCUGCUGCCCCUCGUCUCAUCCAGUCCCUGUUACUUCUUUGGGAUGUCUCUGCUGCUCAGUGUGGACACAUCAUCUGCACAGUUUGCUCCAGAAUGCUACACUGGAGGACAUCAAAUUCUUCGGAGUCCAUAUCGGAGUAUUGACUUUGAUUCUGUUGAACUGCAGCAAUUUGCAAUCCAAGACCUGAUAUGUGAUCAUUCCCUGGCACCAGGGUGGUAUCGCUUCAUGAUCCAUGACAAACCAGCAGAAAUGCCAACCAAAUGUAUAGAAAUGAAUAAAUGUGGCACACAAGCUCCAGUCUGGCUUUCUCUGAAAGACUCUAAGUCUCUGCCUCGUGUGGGUGAACUAAAGAAGCUAACGGCCUGCGCUACAUGGCAAUUCUUCUCAGGCAGCACCAAAGACUGCUGUUUAUUUAGGAUCCCCGUCUCUCUCAGGAACUGUGGAGACUUUUUCGUUUAUUACCUUCAACCUACUCAGGGAUGCAUGGGUUACUGUGCUGAAGGUAUUGUAGAACGAAAGCCACGAUCCUGUGCUCCAGGGGACUUAGAUAUCAAUGGGAUGUGUCAAGCAAGACUCCCUGAUCUGCCUGGCAAACCAUUGAUAUCCCCCGAGUUGGUGGGCAACAACAUCCAUUUAAAGUGCACGUAUGCAAGUCGCUCUGUAAAUGGCACCGUAGGGUAUGUUGUGGUUUGGUCACGGCUUUCACUGCUAAACAUCAAGGAAGAGAUAAAGAGAGACACGACCCGACAGACGUUCUCUUUUGUGGAGAUGGAUGGAAUUAUGUUCAGACUGGGAGACACGAUUUACUGUAGUGUAUCAACCUUCUUCAGGGACUCUCCAAAUGUACACAGUCUGUCCCGAGAGAGUGAAGCAUUCUUUGCUGGAAUACAGUUUGAGCCAGAGUCAUUGCACAUCGCAGAAGAUGGAAAGGAUCACUCCUUGAUAAUCCGGAGCACUGUCCCUAUCCCCUGCCUUACAAAUGGUCAGAAUCUAAACAACUGCAAAAUAGUGCUGCAGCUAACCACCAAUGACUCAGACAGCUUACGUUUUGCAACCCCAAAUGUAGCUCUCUCCUCGUGCAGAGUAAACCUGGUGCAGAUGCCCUGUACAGGGGGCAGCUGCGCAAGAGCCACCCUCUCCCUGACGGCUGUAACAGACUUUGCCCGAGAUGGAAACCGUGCCAGCAAUAUCAGGAUUGAGCCUGUUAAAUCUUCCAAUCCGCUGUGGCGGGGAUACUCACCGAAGGACAUAAAGGUGACUGUUCAAGAUAUUCCAACAGGAAACUGCUAUUCCUUCACUGAUCCGCAUAUUAUUACUUUUGAUGGCAGACGUUAUGAUAACUAUGAAACUGGAACAUUUAUGCUGUAUAAAAGCCUCUCCCGAGAAUUCGAAGUUCAUGUCCGUCAGUGGGACUGUGGCAGCCGCCACUACACAGUGUCCUGUAACUGCGGCGUGGUGGCCAGGGAAGGGGAUGACAUCAUUGCAUUCGACAUGUGCAAUGGCCAAUUUCAGGAGACCAGCCCUCACCUGUCAGUGAAGAGCAGUGGACCAGAACCACAUCAUGUCAAAAUAAUGGAUUCACACCAAGGCAAAAAAGUCACUAUCAUGUUUCCAUCAGGGGCAUUUGUCCGGGCAGAUGUGAGUGACUGGGGAAUGAGUAUAACUGUAAGGGCGCCCAGCGUUGAUUUCAACAACACAAGAGGUCUUUGUGGAAUCUUUGACCGAAAUAGUAAUAAUGAUUUCCACACUGCUAAUGGAAAUCCUAUGGCAGCUGCACAUAGGAAUAACAAUCCUAAUGACUUCAUUGAGGAAUGGAGAAUACAUCCUGGGGAAAGCAUGUUUGACUCGACUCCGCCACCAUCUGAGACAGAGAAAAGAAUAAAUUACUGUAGCUGUCAGAAGGAAUACACCAUGUCGCUUCAUUCAGUUAACAAGCUGACCACAGUAUAUAACCAUCCUCAUGUCUCAACCAGUUGCUAUGCGUAUGAUAAUGUGGAUUAUACUUCGAUAAUUCCAUUUUUGGAUAUUACUUCAGAAUACAUAAGCAACCCUGAACUAUCAACGUUCACAAAACGUGAUGUAAAUUGGUUUUCUGACAAGGUGAAUGGAGACCUGGAUCUACUGAAGUCUAUUCGAACACAGCACACGAUGGCAAUUACCUCAAAGGGUAACCAUUUCACAGAUCAGUCAAUGAACCUUCCCAGGUGGCCACACACAACUGAUUUUGCUCGACCGAAGUUUACGACACGUAGAGCAAAAAGGCAGGGUUAUUAUGAAUACCUACCAAUAUUCACAUUCCAAAGUUUAACCCAGACCGAUUUGGAAAGCUUUACUUAUUUUUUCCCUGAAGAUCACUUAUCUGGGAAUCGUCCAGAGGUGCAACCAACAUGGCCAACACCAAGUGGUCUGACGUCUGCCAAAGCCCUUGAGUUAUGCCAACAAGCACUUACAAACUCCACAAUUGGUGUCAUGUGCCAAGACCACCUUGGAAGAAGGCUGGUGGAUGCAGUGGAUAUGUGUAUUUUGGACUUGCAGCUUAAAGAUGAUCUCGCUUGGGAAGAAGCAAUGGUUCCAUUUCUUGAUAAUGAAUGUGAGAGAAAGCUCUUGGAAAACAGAAUUAAAUGGACCAUGGAUGGUUCAUCUGGGCCUGUUGAUGAGAUUGUUACUACUCUCCGAUGUCCUAAUUUGUGCAGUGAGAAUGGACAAUGUACACACUGGGGCUGCCAGUGUUUUCCUGGAUACAGCUCUUAUGACUGCAGCAUAUCUAAUGACCAACCUCCUGAGAUCACUGAUCUGGAGAACGGUGGUUUGUGUGAUAUACGAGUAUAUGAGUGCAAGAGUAUCAGAGUGUUUGGCCUGGGCUUCCGAGACUCUGUUGACCUCCAGUGUGAAGCUACAAGUCUAAUGUACAUGAAUGGGGAAUGGAUUCCAGGCCCUGCGCAGAUCACCAAGGCAAGAUUCCUCAGCUCCAAAGCUCUUGAUUGCCCUAUUCCAGCCCUAAGAAGUAUGACAACUGAGACUGUGAACUUCAUGAUUUCUGACAAACCGUUUGCCAGGUGGCAGAUAAAGAUUGCAAAUGAUGGUUCCUACUUCAGUGAUUCUAAAGUCCUGACACUUUAUGAUGGUGUCUGUCAGAUCUGUGACCCCAAGGCAACAGGAAUCUGUAAGUUGAAGGAGAAGACCUGUAAUAUAGAUGGGUUGUGCUAUGGUGAAGGAGAUGCCAACCCAACAAGUUCUUGCUUGCUCUGUCGACCUGAUAUUUCCAAGUUCAUGUGGUCUGUAAAUGAAAACAAUCAACCGCCAAUUUUCCAAGCAGACACCACUUCUAAUCUACAAACGUUCUUUGGAGAAAAUUUUGUUUACCAGUUCACAGCGGUGGACCCUGAAGGGUCAGCUGUACUAUUCCUGCUGGAAUCUGGUCCGCAGAAUGCGAGCCUCUCACCUGCAGGGCUUCUGAUUUGGAAAGUGAGUUCCAAGGAAUCUGGCACCUUUGGCUUUAUUGUGUCAGACGAAUGCAAUGCACAGAGCAGGUAUUCUGUCGAGGUUGCAGUGAAGCUAUGUGGCUGCCUAAAUGGUGGAACAUGUGUUACAAAUAUCAAUUUCCCCCCAGGAAGUGGUGAAUAUCUCUGUGUGUGUCCUGUCGGAUUUGAAGGGGAGGUUUGCCAGGAAAACAUAGAUGAAUGCAAAUCAAAUCCAUGUGGUGUGGGCACCUGCGUGGACGGUGUCAGCAGUUAUUCAUGCAAUUGUCCAGCUGGUCUCACAGGUUUUGCAUGUCAAGAAGAUGUCAAUGAAUGUGAGAAAGGCUUGUGUUUUCCUGGAGUCCCCUGUAUCAAUAGCUUUGGAUCCUAUCACUGUGGAAGUUGCCCCAGUAAAAUGCAAGGUGAUGGACAAUCCUGCAAACGUCUUACCUUUGCCCUGGAAAAUCUGGUUACUUGCACAAAUAAGUCCUGCUUUCCGGGGGUGCAGUGUUUUGAUCGCAAGCCACCUUACAUGGGCUUUGUUUGUGGGCGGUGCCCUGCAGGCUUCUUUGGUACCGGACGAACAUGUAUGAAGAUCUCACGGAUUGCUUCCCCCCACGCCAAGUCAAGAUUUCAUCACUACCGAUUUCCCCUUGUGAGAGCGAGCAGCGAGACGGCUAGGCUGUGGUCACCCAGUCAAAGGACUACUCCCGGGCAAAUUGCUGUCAAUAGCAGAGUGGUGAUGGAAAGAGCAGUCACUAAACCAAAGCUGCCUCCAAGUCCCAGAACAGAUGGGCCACGCACAACUUUAAGCAUGUCUUCUUCCAUGAUCCGUUCGGCACUGUCUGUUGCCACAGUUACUUCUGCUCUGAGCACCAGACCCAUAUCUGUAGUCUCUGUUCAACCCAAGCACCCACAAAAGACAACCGUUCUUUGGCGAUCUGCUACCUCUGCCCUACAAGCUGUGAAAACAUCUCAGGCCAUUUCCUUCACCGACAUUAGUAAUCAACUGAUUUCUUCAGAGAAGAAGAUCACUUGUGCUGACAUGCCUUGCUUUAAUGGAGUCCCCUGUGAGCCAAUGCAGAAUGCAAGCUUUAAAUGUGGCCGAUGCCCCUUUGGAUACACUGGUGAUGGCAUGACAUGUAAAGCUAUAUGCAAAUAUCCCUGUGGAAAGAAUAUGGAAUGUGCAGCUCCCAAUACGUGUCGCUGCAAGCCAGGUUACACUGGGUACAACUGUCACAUCGCAAUCUGCAGGCCUGACUGUAAAAACAGAGGAAAGUGUGUGAAACCUGAUGUGUGUGAAUGUCCCCAGGGAUACAACGGCCUAACCUGUGAAGAUGCAUUAUGUAUUCCACCAUGUGACCACGGAGGAUCUUGUGUGACCAGAAAUACUUGCUCCUGCCCUUAUGGCUUUGUUGGACCAAGAUGUGAAACAAUGGUUUGCAGCAGACACUGUCAGAACGGUGGAGUAUGUGCCUCCCCUGAUGUGUGCAAAUGUAAAGCUGGCUGGACUGGACCUUCUUGUGAAACGGCUGUCUGCAACCCAGUGUGUCUCAAUGGUGGAAUCUGCGUUCGACCCAACGUAUGCAUUUGUCCUCAUGGUUUCUUUGGACUUCACUGCCAAAAUGCUGUUUGCAAUCCUCCUUGCAAGAACGGUGGUCACUGCAUGAGAAACAAUGUGUGCUCCUGUCCAAAUGGCUAUACAGGAAGGAGAUGUCAGAAGAGUGUUUGUGAGCCGAUGUGCAUGAAUGGAGGGAAGUGUGUAGGUCCUGACAUUUGUGACUGCCCUUCAGGGUGGAAAGGGAAAAGGUGCAAUCAACCGCUUUGCCUGCAGAAGUGCCACAAUGAUGGAGAAUGUGCAGGACCUAGUACCUGUCAAUGUCGACCAGGCUGGGAAGGAAUGCUGUGUCAGACUCCUAUCUGUGAGCAGAAGUGUCUCUUUGGAAGUAAGUGCAUCAGGCCAAAUGUGUGUGCCUGCAGGAGGGGAUUUUUGGGAUCAACAUGCAGCAGAAAGCUACCAAUCGGACCAGGGUAAUGAAGCAGUUCGGUCUGCUUGCUCUAACCUGUGAUCGGUGAGAGUGGUGUAAAAUGCAUUUACCAUUGAGCUGCCAAAGGGAGCGGUGCAAACAACAAGUCUUUUUGUCAUCUAUAAUUCACAUCAGUACUCAAUACUGCUUUUCCCAAUGAAUGGUUUGGGGUUGUUCCACAACAAUUUAUAUCACCAUAUAUCUGAAAGUAAUAAUUGCAGGAAAUAAAAAGUUGCUGUAAGUUAUUGUAUAAUUUAUAUAUCUUUAUUGAUUAAACAGAAGUUUGCAGUCAUGUUACAGGAUGGCAGGCUUGUACUGUUUGUUCCAUAUUUCUGUUGCCAGUAUCCCCUGUAGUCUUGACUACCUCAUAAAUAUAGAUAGUUGCUUUCCCGUGGUGCCUGUGCUCCUGGCGAAGGCAGUUAAACUUCACGCAGUGCACUGUCUGUAAAUGGUAUCUCACUGUACAAGGUAAAUGACUUGCAUUGUGUUUAUGUAUUAUAAGACAUAGAUGUAUUCUUUACUCUUAUUGUGGUGCUGAUAACAUUUUAGACCCAAUGCUGAUUUUUAUUUAAAUGAAAUAUAACAUUGCAUUAGAUGUACUCUUUUGCUCAGUCUCUCCUUAUGUACGAGUGAGUGUAUAUUUAGAGAAUAUAACUGUGCAUGAUUUGGCACUAAUUGAUACUUAACUGGCAGUCACCCUGGGACAUCUAAACGGAUGGCUGGUUUGGGAAAUGGAAGUGCAGUGGAGAGUGAUUAAGACCCAAAAGUAGGGUUUGCAGCACUUUGUUGUGGGAAGAGUAGAGAUCCAUACUGAUCUGGGGAUGUUUGAUGUUGACACUGAGUAACGCAAGUAAAAGAUGCUCCAAUCCCUGACACUGGAAGCCCCUAGGUUGGGCAAAUGCAAAAUUAAGAACAAACUUAGAUCAUAGGAGUCCACGAUCCAUGCUUCACAUGUUAAAGAGAACAUGAGGACAUUCCCCCUACAGUUGUGGAUAAAUCUAAUCCACAUUCGAAGCCUUGCGAUGCUUGUAGCCGUUAGUUCAUCAGUGUCAUCUUAUAAUCAAUCUACAUAAAGCUCUCGUUUAUAAUGCAGAUCCAAAUUCACUUUUGUGAAUUAAAAUAGAAAACGGAUGCUUUCUAAUUAAAACUAUCUAACAGAUGAUUGCAACAAAUUUCCAGGAACAAGGCGAUUGAAACCAUGCAGAAAUAUAUACCCAAAUCCCCAAACCCCCUGCACAGCAGGAUAAAGUUGCACAGUCUUGUUUCAGCUUAAACUGUGAACACGGCCUUUUGGUACUCUGACUGUGUCCCGGCUCUGGGUUCCAUUCCCAUUCCUCAUUAGACUCCUGUUUCUAUUUCUAUUCUCAUUAAGUCCCUUCUCCCCUGCGGAGUCCUGUAGCUCAGCGGUUAGAGC